CGGCCAUGGAGAGCCCCGCCGAGAACCCCAGCAAGGCGGCCGAGUACCUGAAGGAGCUGAACAAGAUUAUCGAGACGCAGCAGGAGCUGCUGGAGAAGCAGAAGCGGAGGAUAGACGAGCUGGAGCAGCAAGUGGCCAAGUUGUACCACGAAAAUGCCUGCCUGCAGGACGAGCAUCACCGGCACCUGGCCACAUGCCGGCUCCAGCAGGGCGUCCUCCCCGCGCCCCCGGGGGUGCUGAGCGCCAUCCAGGAGAACGCCAGGCACGAGAAGUCUGAAGGUGACAGCUCAAGAAGCCUCAGGUAUGUGUACAUCAUCUUGAUGCCUUUGUUCUAA